AUGUUGAAUCUAUCCAAGAAAUUUGCCAAUGAUCCUGCUUACGCAACUGCUUAUUAUGAAUUCUUAAGUGAAUAUGAGAGGCUGGAUCACAUGACACGAGUACCUGAUGGUCAAUCUGAACCUGACCUAGCUUAUUAUCUUCCUCAUCAUGGCAUUGUCCGAGAAAGCAGUUUAUCAACACGACUGAGAGUGGUUUUCAAUGGAUCAAGUCGCUCUAACACUGGUACUUCUCUGAAUGAUCUUCUUCAUACUGGAACCAAACUUCAGACUGAUCGGAUUUUUUGGAUCUCACAAGAUAAGGACGUAGCUACUUACCAACUGAAAACAGUAACGUACGGGCUUGCCUGUGCCCCUUUUCUAGCUCUACGAACUCUCACUCAACUCAUCAAGGAUGACGGCUCCAAAUUUCCUCUAGCAAUCCCUUCUCUUACUCAAGGAAGAUAUGUCGAUGACAUCUUCGGCGGAGCCGAUACAAUUCCUCAAGUUCACGAAAUCGUCCAUCAGUUAAAUUCGUUAUGCAUGGCGGGCGGUUUUCCUCUUCAAAAAUGGACAAGCAAUCACCCAGCAAUCCUCGAUUUCAUUCUCCCGGAGAAGCAUGCACAUUCGUCAAUCCAAUUCGAUCAAUCGUCGACAGUUCAUGUAUUGGGCCUCCAAUGGAAUCCGUCCACCGACACCUUCCAUUACUCAGUUACAACCUCGAUCCCAACUAUUAUGACGAAACGAAUUAUUUUGUCAACUAUAGCAAAGGUGUUUGAUCCACUCGGGCUGCUUGCCCCCAUCCUUAUUACAGCAAAGAUAUUCAUGCAAGAGCUAUGGGCAAUCAAACUAGGAUGGGAUGACCCCUUACCGCUACCUAUCUCAAACAAAUGGGCAGAAUUUCUUGAGCUACUUCAACACAUACCUCAGUUGAAUUUCCCAAGAUGGAUUAACUUCGAAUCUGGACGUCGCUUAGAAAUUCACGGAUUUUGCGACGCAUCGCAAAAGGCUAUUUGUGCAACUAUUUACAUCAGGUCUUCAAAUCAAAAGGGAGAAAUUACAACCAGUUUAAUUUGCUCCAAAACAAAGGUUGCUCCUUUAAAAAAAAUAACUAUUCCACGUCUCGAGCUAUCUGGAGCAGUUAUGUUAAAUAACUUGGUUUCUCGAGUCUUACAGAUUCUUCAGUUUGACGACCUUCCCAUCUAUUUGUGGACCGACUCAGCUGUAGUUUAUACUUGGAUAAAUAGUCAUCCCUCUCGUUGGAAAGAGUUCGUACACAAUCGGGUUUGUCAGAUUCACGAGACUUUACCUCAAGCAAUCUGGAAAUUUAUACCCAGCCGAUUGUGCAACCAGAG